AUGAAUAAUAAAGACAUUUCGAAACAUAGUCAAUUGGUUUAUGCUUUAUGUGAAAUUUUAAUAUUCGCUCCUAUUCCAAGGAAAGAUCAGAGAAUCACUGAAAAUCUAUCAAUAGAAAUAUUGAAUCAAAUGAAAUAUGGAAUAGACAGACUUAACGUCGACGUCCACUUCAAUUUUCAUAUACAGUACUUAUCGUAUUGCCUUUUGAGUAAAAUCGGUAAUCGAGAUGUACUGAACGAAAUAACAACAUUCGUGACGAAAAAAAUCGAUUCUCUGUUCGCCAACAAGAAACGAUACCACGGAAACUCUCAGAGUCAUAGAACACUACUGAGUGCUUUGCAAACUUUGCUCUUAAUACUGUUGAAAUCUAGAGACGUCGAAAUGGACAAGAUUGCAAAUUGGUGUAUGGAUUUGUUAGGGUCAAUUCCGCAUCAACCGAGCGUCCGAAUCUGUUUGGAGUGGUACAUAGCCCUAUACUUUUGUUUUAAGGAAGUGAAAAUUACCGAAGAGAUGACAGAACAUUUGAAAGGGAAAAACAUACCGCUGCCCUCGCAAUUUGUAAUUUUGUAUUGGAUCACGAAAUUCAAAAUAAAGCAUGGACCAAUUAAGAGCGAAGAAUACGAGUUCGCAAUGGACACGUUGCUCUACCACACUAUGGGGCAAACGUUCAAUCUAAGAUUGCACGCGCAAUACUUCGCUACGAAACUGUUUGAAUUGAACGAAAGAAAAUCAGUCAAAUACGAUUUCACAAUACAAGUCAUAAGGAGGACCUUCGCCGAAAGCGCCGGCGACAAAACCUUUGUGAAGCUACAGAGGGACUAUUUUGCGAAUGAAUUCGAUUUGGUGAUCGAUUUUAUACCGAGUUUCAUAUACUACUUCCUGCCCAGAUACUGCGAGAUGUACGUUAACGAGAAAACAGACAAGGGUUUCGUGCAGAGUAUUUUACAAGAGAUCGACGACAACUCUUUCGCGAAAGUAUCCAAGAGCGUUUUCAACACCGAAUGGAUUAAAUAUCAGAAGAGGCACGAGGGAACUUACGACAUUUUCACCGCGGACGUUAAAGCGGGCGAUGAGGUCGAAGAGAUGGGCACAAUCCAAAAGAAAUAUGUCCCGUGGAAGAACAUGAACGACGUCAAUAUGUAUGAAAUCAAAGAUAAGAAAGGGAAUAAAGGCGAGCUGAUAGUGGUAGCGUCGCUGAUCGACAAACUGCCCAAUUUGGGUGGCCUGGCACGCACCAGCGAGGUCUUCGGCAUCAAGACUUACGUCGUCGACAGCCUUCGACACCUGCAGGACAAGCAGUUCCAGGGAUUGAGCGUAUCCGCAGAGCGUUGGAUAGACCUGGAGGAGGUUCGACCCAGUGGUCUUAAAGAAUAUCUCAAGAAAAAGAAGGCCGAGGGAUAUUCGGUGGUGGCCGCGGAACAAACCUCAACCAGCUGUCCUCUGCACAACUUCAAGUUUCCCUCGAAGACGUUGCUUUUACUAGGGCACGAAAAGGAAGGCGUACCCUGCGAUCUCCUACCUCUGAUGGACCAUUGCGUUGAGAUUCCGCAACAAGGCGUAAUCCGUUCUCUAAACGUACACGUGACAGCCGCCAUCUUUGUUUGGGAGUACACGCGCCAAAUAAUGUUG